CUUAGAGUCAGUUAACUUAGAGUUGAUAAAACUAACUCUUUUCAGCUGUUCUGUAACCGAAAACUCAGUUUCCCAUCUCGGGGUUUGUCAACUCAAGAGUUCAAGUUUAAACUCAGAGUUGGUUGAACCUCCUUUCUGAAACGGCCCCCUGGCCAUCACUACUUUAGCGCAGCAGCGGCAAACACAAACACAACAAUGGCGGACGUUGCUUUACUGUUAAUACUGUUAAUGUUAAAGCUCAUGGCUUUGUGAACCUACAUUAACACCCAAACGCGGCGAAUACAACGUGUACGUGCAGCUCCAUGUAAUCUGGAGCUCCGGUGCUUUGCAAUGCAGCUCCGGUGCUUUGGGUGUCGCAAAAGAAAGAACUGGUUCUAAAUUAGGCUCCGAACCAGCACUCAAACUGCCUCGGUGGAAAAGGGGCAAGAAUCCCCAGCGCCAACACUCGGUUAUUUCUGGUGGAAAUGGGGCACUGUUCGGUCUGAUGGACAAAGAAACUAGAAAAUGAAAUGAUAUAAGAUGGUGUGUUUCAGGACGUGGUUAACAUGUUUUUGUCUGCUGAUUUUGUUUUUUGCCAGCAUUAAAGCCAUAAAGGUCAUUGGUCGGGAUGUGACUGUGACAGCAGGAGAUGAUGCGCAGUUAUUCUGUGAAGCGAUCGAGGCAACAGAGCCUCUAACAACUAUUAGGUGGCAAAGACGAACAAAGAAAAAUCCAACAAAUACAGAUUUUCUGGUUAUCACUUCCAGUGGCAAAGAAGAACAUAUUAACGGACUGAGGGACAGAGUAAAAUUUGCAGGGAACUUGGCAGUACUGGAUGGCUCAAUUCUUCUAAGUAAUGUCACUCUUUUAGAUGAAGGAAUCUACACCUGCAUCUUCAGCAUAUUUCCAAGUGGACCAUAUAAAACAGAAAUUCGUCUCCGAGUACAAGUUCCUCCUGUUGUCACUGUGGGCACUGAUGUUCCUGCUGUUGCUGGAGACACUGAAGGGAUUUUAGCGACCUGCACUGCAGCCAAUGCAAAGCCUGCAGCAGACGUGUCGUGGAGUCUGGGUGCUUUAAACAACACAGUGAAAGUACAAAACACUGUCACUGUGGACUCUGAAGAUAGAUACACUGUUAAAAGCAACCUGAUUGGAACUGCAUUUAAAGAUCUAAACCAGAAGAAGGUUCAGUGUGUAGUCACACACCCUGGACUAAAGCAGAAACUGGAACUGAAUUACACAUUGGAUAUUCACUAUCCUCCCCAGGUGGUUUAUAUUAGUUCAGCAGGUGAUCAAGGGGAAACCCGUGAAUUUCUGUGUGCCACAGACGCUAAUCCAAAACCUACAAACUUUACCUGGGGCAGAUAUUUUCCAGUGAACGAGACUCUUUCCAGUGGUGUUAAUAGCAGUCUGAUUGUUCCGCUGAUCCCUGAUAGUAACGGACCUUACUAUUGUUUGGCGUCUAACCAAUACGGGGAAGCUGUUGGUUCCCUCUAUAUGCAUGUUAAACCAUCUACAGAAUCCAAAACCUGUUGGACUCUGUUCAUCCUGACCCUCGUUGCUGUUUCCUGUUUUCUCAUUUGGAAAUUUGAAUUGUUUCAGCGUGUUAAUAAAAUACUGCGGCGUGAUAUCGGUCAACCUGUGCGUAGGGAAUCUCCAGACCACGAAGAGGAGCAUUGAUACAUGAACCAAACCUCUCUACUGGGACCAUACCUUGCCGUGGUGGAGGGGCUUAUCCUCUUUCAAGUGAGGAGAAAACUGAAUGGACCCACAGUCUUGGUAACAUAACAGUCCAGUUUGGGGCUCCAUCUUUCUAAGUGUCAAGAUUAUGGGUUUCUAUAACAUUAUAAGGUUUGCUGACUAUUCAGCUGUCAUGAGCAUGAUCCUUCAACAGGACAACAACCAAGUCUAAAUAAUUCCUGUAGCGAGAGGAAGACACCAAGGCAUCUGAAACAAAACGACAUCAGAAACAUAACUUCUAAAUAUAACUUUUAACAUUUCCUCAAGUGAUUACACCUGGAGGCUAAUUACAGAACCUUAUUUCAUCUCAUCCUACUGUAGAGCAACUUUAAGCCAAUUCUAGCAGAUGAUUGACUCUCUACAAACCAUCUAAAGUAGAUAAAGCUAACAAGUAGAGUUCUGGUAAGUUUAGACUGAUUUUAAGAUGAUUACACCCGCUAGUCCCUUUUCACAGGGAAUCCAUCCAACAUUUACAUUAACAAAUUAAAUACAGUACUAUGUAAAUUCAAUAACAAAGUCUAUACACAGAACUCUGAUUAAAAUCUAACAGGAUGUCUGCCAUCACACAGAAAUUUACUGUUUGUUUUGUCCACUUUUUAUUUAAACCUGUUUACAGAAAGGGAACUGGGUAAUAGAUUCACUAGACUGAUUCAAAACAUUUUUACAUUUCAGUUCUUUAGUAUUGUAUAUGCUAAUUGUAUAAGAUGUGUUUUGCUUUUUUUUCUUGCAGUUUUUUUUUUUUUUUUUUUUCUAGCUUCACAGUGAUUAUUUAAAAAGACUUUUUUUGUUUAAAUUUGUAGCUCUAACCACAGUAAGACUACACAGCUUUCAUUAUUUAUCAAAACCGGUAUUGUGGACUGGCCAAGAAAUGUGAUCUUUUAGCAAGCCAAGUCAGAGGAGUUCACAUCACUUAAUCCCACUCUGCUUCAUCCUGAGAGUCAGGACUGUUUGCCUCAUUAGAUUUCAGUGUAACAAAACAUUUUUCUCAGUUUGCCUGUAAGUUUGAGUCGAUUUACUAGUCAGGAUUUCCUCUAGGUUUGCGAGCAAGCAUCCCUGAUGACCAAGUCAUUCUACACAUUCUAGUUAUUUGUGGUAAAAUGUUGAUAGCUGUUUUAUAUUAAUUAUAGAUUUAUUUAUGUUAUGUAUUACACAUACAAACACACACAUGCAUUCAGUCCAUUUAGUGUUGAGUUCAGGUUUCCAGUGGUAUACGUAUGGCUGUCUUGAUGUUACAUUGUAGGAAGCCAUCCCUUUGUUGAUAAGCAGUUGGAAGGGAUUUUGUCUUUGUUGUUGUAUUUGUAUAGUUAACAAGUUUGGAGGGUUUUCUUGGGCAGUUUGAGUUAGAAAACCCUAUGGUUUAUAUUUAAAAUAGCAUUCCUGUUCUAGUUGUUGCAUGUGUUUGCUAGAUUAGGAUAAGAACUAAUUUCCUGAUCUUUGGCCCAUGUGCUAUUUUCGUUUGGAUUCCUUUCACAAAGUGUGCUAACUAAAUUAAACAGUAAGUAAAAAAAACAAGUUGGCUAAGUGGAAUGAAGUAAAAUUUUGUAAAACUAUUUUUUCUUUUGGUCAGAAAAACAGCAAGCGACAAUGAUAAAUGAGCUGUUGCUUAAUACAUGCAGGAAUCACGUAUAUUACUCAAGCACAGAAUGAGUAAUAUACGAAUAGAAUGGAGAGCUAUUUCUUAUGUCUUACAAAGAUGUUUAUGUACAUAUCUAAUUCACAAUGUUACAAUGCAAAUACAUCCACCAUAUAUAUCACUCUAGGUGUGUCUGUGUGGAGUGGACACACCACAAAACCUGCUGUUGCACUAAACACUGCAUAUGUAAAAGCAUCCUAAUUCAUACACUGGCUACUGCUAAUAAAAACUAUAGAAUAAAUAUUAAACUCUGUAUUUAUUGCCAUAAGAAAGUUAUAUGAAAGUAAGCAACUUGAGGAUGUUUUGAGAUUAAACAUGGAAAGACUGGCAUCAUUCUUUUAUUAGCACUCUUACAAUGUGGUUGGGAUUUUUCUUUUUGUUUAAUCGUAAUUAAAAACACCUUUCCUUUCAGAGUAAUACAGUCUUGAAAUUCUUACUUUGUUCUCAGCAAACAAUUGAAUAAA